UGUUCGUGAUCGACACUGCUGACUGCUCAGUUUGACCUCCCAACUACCACAAACACACACACACAUAUAUAUUUAUAGGCACACUCACAGCAACUCAUUUUGUCCAAGUCCCUGAAGAUGUUGCUCUUCAUCUUGCUUUUGCUCUGCAAUUUCAGCCCAUCUCUGAGCCUAAAAAUCUGCUCCUUCAAUGUGAGGUCUCUUGGAGAAACUAAAAUAGCCAGACCUGAAGUCGUCGAUGCCGUGGUAAAGAUCAUUUCUCGCUGUGACAUCGUGCUGCUGAUGGAAAUAAAGGAGAACAAGAACCGGAUUUGUCCUUUCCUGGUGGAGAAGCUCACCAGUCAGCUGAGGGGGCCGAAGGAGGACUACAGCUGUGUGGUCAGCGAGAGGCUGGGAAGGAAGAGCUACAAGGAGCAGUACGCCUUCAUCUACAGGCAGCAUCUGGUAUCAGUGAAACAAACCUACCAGUACCCUGACACCCAGCCCGGGGAUGAGGAUGCCUUCUCCAGAGAGCCCUUCACCAUCUGGUUCCAGUCUCCAAAAACCGCUGUCAAAGAGUUUGCUAUAAUCCCUCUGCACACCACACCAGAGACAGCAGUACGGGAGAUUGAUGAGCUCUAUGAUGUGUAUUUAGAUGUAAAACAGCGCUGGAAAACUGAGAACUUCAUCUUCAUGGGGGACUUUAACGCUGGAUGCAGCUAUGUUCCCCAAAAACAGUGGAAGAACAUCCGGCUGAGGACUUACCCUGAAUUCAUCUGGCUAAUUGGUGACAAAAAUGACACAACGGUGAAGAGGAGCACAAGCUGCCCAUAUGACAGGAUCGUGGUCAGCGGGCAGAAGCUCAUCCAUGCCAUCGUGCCACACUCUGUCAGUGUCUUCGAUUUCCAGAAGAACUUUCAGAUGACUGAGGAGCAGGCACUGGGGGUGAGCGACCACUUCCCAGUAGAAUUUGAGUUAAAAACAAAAGGUGGCUUCUUCAACUGGCUGAAAUCAAAGUUCUCGAAGAGCAGGAGACCAAGAAAGAGCCGCCACUCAAGCUCAUGAGCAUGCUGAGUCCUCUCAAGUGGUGUGGAAAUACACAGAUGCCAGCAGAUCCUGUAGAAGACUGAUGUAGAUAUACUUAACAGCAAGUGCAAUAUUUAGUGGAAAAAACCCAAAUAUUUUGUUAAAGUUCAAAUAUUUUGGGUGAGAAGGCAAAUUAAACCUUCAGGUUAUUUUCCUCAUAGUAUGCAAAAAUAAAUCAGUUAGAAGCAGCAUACUAUACUUACUGUAUUGACAAAUAAAAGGAGCUACUGCAAGGGUAAAAAA